AUGGAGGAGAUCGUGGAGGAGGUAGAGACCCUGAGGCUCAAAAACAAGUCGCUGGAGGAUCAGCUGACGAGGCUCCUGAUGAACGAGCUGGACUGGGUUUCCUCUUCCUCCGCUGCCGAAGCAGAGGAGCUCUCGAUGCUGCGGCUACGAUGCGAAGCGGCAGAGCGCGAGGUGGAGCUGUUGAGAUUGGAGAGGCAGCGGAUGCAGCAGACAGGCAGCAGCCAAGGGAGGAAGGAGGAGGAGGAGCAGAAGCAGGAGGAGGAGAGGGGCAAGGGGGGAAGGAGGGAGGAGGUGGAGAGGGGGGAGGAGGAGGACAUUCGAACUUCGUCCUCUUUGAUGGACGAGAACCUAAGCCUCAGCCUGAACAUGUCGGACAAGAUCAGCUCGUGUCUGAUGAAAGUACAGGACAAGCUCAAAGACAUGGCGAGCGAGCUGGAGACGGUCAAAAAGAAUCUUGAAGACUCACAAGGAAGGAAGAAAGAUUCGUCGGAGGAUGUGGAGAGAAACGAGCUGGAGCAAGCAAGAGAGAAGCUGAAGCAAAGGAUCAACAAGUUGGAAGAAGAGCGUAACGAGCUGGCCGAGCUCCUAUGGACUUUGGACGAAGUUUGA